CGAACUACUAACUUAAGGAAGCUGGAAGUUUCUAAACAGUACGUAGCUGUUUUUAACGACAGUAGUUUCUUAGGAGUUUAGACAAGACGCCGAGCGGCGGGUGAAAAUACUAUUGUUUUUGUAUUUAUUAUUUUAAGAAACCUUUGUACAUUUUUGCGAGUCUAAAGCAGGAAGACGGGCAGGGCGUAAAGUCGUCACACAUCAGUAACUAACGAUGUUAGCCUCAAGUCUUCUGGCUAAUUACUGCACCGAACUCCAUGAUGACCAAGCGAAUAAAGUGGACAAAUACCUACACCGUCUUCAGCUGUCAGAUGAGACUUUAAUGGAUCUGUCAAUAAGAUUUCGACGAGAAAUGGACAAAGGCUUGUGCAGAGACACCAACCCCACAGCUGCUGUCAAGAUGUUGCCCACAUUUGUGCGCUCCACUCCUGAUGGAACAGAACAAGGUGAAUUCCUGGCCCUUGAUCUUGGUGGAUCCAACUUCCGAGUGCUCCUGGUCAAAGUCAUGGCUGAUGGCGAGCAAAAGGUGGAGAUGGAAAAUCAAAUUUAUGCCAUUCCUGAACACCUCAUGAGAGGCAGCGGGUCUGAGUUAUUUGACCACAUAGCAGAUUGUUUGUCCAGUUUCCUGGAGAAGAUGGGCAUAAAGGACAAAAAACUUCCUUUGGGCUUCACCUUUUCUUUUCCUUGCCAGCAGACCAAGUUGGAUGAGAGUGUUCUGGUGUCUUGGACCAAAGGCUUCAAGUCAAGUGGAGUAGAGGGAAAAGAUGUGGUCAGCCUUCUCAGGAAAUCCAUCAAAAAACGAGGGGACUUUGACAUUGACAUUGUGGCAGUGGUCAAUGACACAGUGGGAACCAUGAUGACCUGUGGCUUUGAUGAUCAGCACUGUGAAAUUGGCCUCAUUGUAGGAACGGGAACCAAUGCCUGCUACAUGGAGCAGAUGAGGAACCUUGAGCUGCUGGAUGGUGACGAGGGGCGAAUGUGUGUUAAUACGGAGUGGGGCGCUUUUGGAGACGAUGGUGCCCUGGAGGAUCUGCGCACUGACAUUGACCAGGAAUUAGAUGCGGGCUCUCUGAACCCUGGCAAGCAGCUGUUUGAGAAGAUGAUCAGUGGCUUGUACAUGGGGGAACUGGUCCGUCUCAUCCUGGUGAGGAUGACCAAAGAGCAGCUGCUGUUCCAGGGCAAGACAACAGCACAGCUCCUCACCACUGGAAGCUUCAGCACCAGCUACAUCUAUGCCAUUGAAAAUGACAAAGGUGAGGAAGGUCUGACAAGUGCUGAGAAGGUGCUUCGGGACCUGGGUCUGGAACCAUCGGUUGAGGACUGCAUAUCCACUCAGAGGGUGUGUCAGAUAGUAUCAACACGGGCCGCUCAUUUGUGUGCUGCCACUCUAGUGGCAGUGUUGCGGCAGAUCCGGGAUAACAAAGCAGCUGAGAGGCUGCGUACUACUAUUGGAGUGGAUGGCUCUGUUUACAAGAAUCAUCCAGAGUUUUCCCGGAGGCUCCACAAGAUGGUGCGGCGACUUGUGCCAGACUGUGAUGUGCGCUUUUUGCUGUCGCAGGAUGGCAGCAGUAAGGGUUCAGCCAUGGUAACAGCAGUCGCUUACCGUCUAGCUGCUCAACAUGCAGAGCGUCAACGCGUCCUCGACACCUUGCGUUUGAGCCGUGAGCAGUUGCUGGAGGUGAAAAACCGAAUGAGUGAGGAGAUGGGGCGAGGCCUGUCAAAGCAAGCCCACGAGCAGGCAAGCGUCAAGAUGCUUCCCACCUACGUCAGAUCAACCCCAGAUGGAACAGAGCAUGGUGAUUUCUUGGCGUUGGACCUCGGAGGCUCCAGUUUUCGGGUGUUGCUGGUGCGAGUGCGAAGUGGAAAGAGACACAAUGUGGACAUGCACCACAAGAUUUACAGUAUCCCACAGGAGAUCAUGCAAGGCACAGGGGAAGAGCUUUUCAACCACAUUGUGGACUGCAUUGCUGACUUUCUGGAGUACAUGGGCAUGAGAGGAACAUCCUUACCUCUGGGAUUUACAUUCUCCUUCCCUUGCCAUCAAAGCAAACUGGAUCAGGGUAUUCUGCUGAAGUGGACAAAGGGCUUCAAAGCCAGCGGCUGUGAAGGACAAGAUGUUGUUACAUUACUUAAAGAUGCUGUCCGCCGCAGACAGGAAUUUGACUUGAACUUUGUGGCUGUGGUUAAUGACACAGUGGGAACCAUGAUGACCUGCGGCUAUGAGGACCCCAAUUGUGAGGUGGGACUCAUCGUAGGCACAGGGACCAAUGCCUGCUACAUGGAGGAAAUGCACAACAUCGAGCUGGUGGAGGGUAAUGACGGUUGUAUGUGUGUCAACAUGGAGUGGGGAGCAUUUGGUGACAAUGGUGAACUUGAUGACUUCUGCACCCAGUUUGAUCGCACUGUCGAUGAUUGUUCUAACAACCCCGGGAAACAGAGGUAUGAGAAGAUGAUCAGCGGCAUGUACCUGGGGGAGAUAGUAAGGAAUGUGUUGAUGGAUUUUACUUCUAAGGGCCUGCUGUUCAGAGGGAAACUGUCAGAGCGACUCAAGACCCACGGCAUCUUCGAAACAAAGUUCCUGUCACAGAUUGAGAAAGAUCGUCUGGCCAUGCGACAGAUCCGCUCAAUUCUACAGCACCUGGGCCUCACCAGCUCCACGUGCGAUGACAGCGUGCUGGUGAAGGAGGUGUGUAGUGUUGUCGCCCGCCGUGCAGCUCAGCUCUGUGGUGCCGGUUUAGCCGCUGUAGUCGACAAGAUCCGACAGAACCGCAACUUGAAUCAGCUCUCCAUCACCGUGGGAGUGGAUGGCACCUUGUAUAAGACACACCCUCAUUUCUCCAGCAUCAUGCAAGAAACACUGCAGGAUUUGGCACCGCAGUGUCCGGUGACGUUUCACAAGUCAGAGGAUGGAAGUGGGAAGGGAGCAGCGCUGAUCACAGCUGUGGCCUGUAGGAUCAAGAGCGGAGGGCAGCACUGAAUACCCAAGGUGAUUCUGGUGUAACCAGAGCUACUGCAACUGAUGUUCUGUACUGGGUAACCAUAGUUACAUACACUCAGACUGAGUUUUUUUGUAGUACUGAAACAUUUAAAUUGUGUUAUCUUGUGUGUGUGGUUCACAUGCACAUGUGCGAAUGUAUUUUUGGUUCGGAAUAGAUGAGCAUAGAUGAGCUAAUUAAAGUUCAGCUGUUUGUUAGAGAAGUUGUACCUUCUGUGCAAUAUGACUGUUACCAGCUGUGUGACUUUUUUCACUGCUCUUUUUUCUGCCAUCUUUCCAAUUUGUACAACAACUAGGAAGCACCUUGUGCUAAAGAAAAAUCCUAACUUAAUUUAGAAAUGACCUGAGCACAUCUGCAUGACUUUUGCAAUCAGAAUACUUUGUUCUAUCAUGAUUGUGUUCCACCUGUAAGUAAACCAGAAUAAAAUUAAUUUUGUGUUA